UAUCAAUAGCUCUAUACAACCCUAAAAUAUUCCCUCUACUUCUCCUUCUCCCUCUCCCUAUUAUAUAUCUACCUAGAUAUUGUACACUACUUUGAUCAUACAUGAUGGCAAUGUUGUCUACCAAAGCUAGCCAUGAUUCACAUGGUCAAGAUUCUUCCUACUUCUUCGGAUGGCAAGAGUACGAGAAGAACCCUUAUCACCCUACUCGAAAUCCCACCGGAAUUAUCCAAAUGGGUCUCGCCGAAAACAAGCUAUGUUAUGACCUAUUGGAUGAGUGGAUGGAGAACAACCCAGAUGCUUUGGGAUUGAAAAGAAAUGGAGUGUCUGUGUUUAGAGAAUUGGCUCUAUUUCAAGACUACCAUGGCUUGCCUGCUUUUAAAAAGGUGUUAGUUGAAUCGUUGGCGGAAAUACGAGGAAACAAAGUGAAAUUUGAUGUGAAUAAAUUGGUUCUCACUGCUGGUGCAACUUCUGCAAAUGAGAUCCUAAUGUUUUGUCUUGCCGAACCUGGUGAAGCUUUCCUUGUUCCCACUCCUUACUAUCCUGGGUUUGACAGGGACCUAAAAUGGCGAACAGGCGUACAAAUAAUUCCAAUUCACUGUUCGAGUUCAAACGGUUUCCGAAUCACAGCAGCGGCAAUGGAGGAGGCCAUGGAACAAGCCCAGAAGCUGAAAUUAAGAGUGAAAGGGGUUUUAAUAACGAACCCAUCGAACCCGUUAGGCACCACAUUGAGCCGGAACGAGCUGAAUUUAGUAGUGGAUUUCGCGACCGCCAAGGCAAUCCACAUCGUGAGCGACGAGAUAUAUUCGGCCACAGUAUUCUCGUCCCCAGAUUUCCGAACCAUCAUGGACCAACGCCUACAAAAAUCCCCAAUUUGGGACCGAAUCCACGUGGUGUACAGCCUAUCCAAGGAUCUAGGCCUACCUGGGUUCCGCGUAGGCAUGAUUUAUUCAAACGACCCACAAGUAGUGGCUGCAGCUACCAAAAUGUCUAGCUUCGGUUUAAUUUCGUCUCAAACGCAAUAUUUGGUGUCACAAAUUCUAGGGGACGCCAAAUUCCGAGGGAAUUACAUGGAGGAAAUGAAGACGAGGAUCCUAAAGAGAAAAGCGAUGCUGGAGUCGGGGCUCCGGAAAGCCGGAAUCGGGUGUUUGAAAGGGAAUGCGGGUCUGUUUUGUUGGGUGGAUAUGAGGCAUCUUUUGAAGUACCCAAGUUUUGAAGAGGAAAUGGAGCUUUGGAAGAGGAUUUUGUGUGAGGUUGGGCUUAACGUCUCACCCGGUUCGGCUUGUCAUUGCUCUGAACCCGGUUGGUUUAGAAUGUGCUUUGCCAACAUGUCGGAACACACUUUGACGGUGGCGAUGUGUCGUCUUAAGGCCUUUGUGGACUCUACUGCCUCCUCCUCUCUCAAAGGCCAAAGAAGUCCGUUGUUGUUAAUAGAAGGCCCUCAACUAAGUGGUAAUGGUGUAGCCUAAUAUGCACAAAAUUUCUUCUUUCGAAGCUGUUUGCUUGUUUAUUACCCUAA